AUGAGGAACACCAGCAAAGAGCUACAAGGCGUCCCUAAUCGUUAUGCACCCUGCGACUGGUACUACCAUCUGCCAGUAAAGCGAUCUGAGAAGCCUGUGGAUGCUCCUCCAGCUUCCCAGAUCCCAGGACUUAGUAAUCUUGGAGACACACAAAAUGGGAAUGUUUUUGGGGCUCGCAGAUACUGGAUAAAAGAAACAGACUCAGAGUAUGUCAAGCUUGCAAAGCAAGGAGGCAGGCCUGAUCUCCUGAAGCACUUUGGCCCUGGAACCCGGAAAAGCUCUCCAGUGGCAUACUCGGUGCCGGACUGGUACACCCACCACAGCAAACCCCCAACGGCCGACCAGAGAGAAAUCCCUGUCAUCUCUCUUCCGGAUUACAUGGUGUAUGAAGAAUUCAGCCCUAGUCAGGCCAAUGGGAGCUACGAGUCCAGAAGAGGGCCUUUCGACUUCGACAUGAAAACAGUUUGGCAGAGAGAGGCUGAGGAAGUUGAAGAGAAGAAAAAGGUGAGGCUGCCAGCUAUUACCUCAAAGAAUCCAAGCAAAGUGGGAACACCUGUCAGUUCAAAAGAAACUUCUAGGAAUAGACUCUCCUUUCCUCCAAUGCCUGGUCAAAAAACCUACUCACCAACAAACUUUUCAAAACUCAUUAGCAAUGGUUACAAGGAUGAGUGGUUACAGCAGCGAGCCAAUUCUGAGAAGAGGAGCCAGCAGACAUCAAGAACUUCUGCAUCAUCUCAGUCCACAGAGGACUCAGAAGGACACCAGAACACAGUGAUGCUUCCAGAUGAAGAGGUCACUGAGAGCUCUUCCAAAGCUGAAGAAUCUUCUCCAAGUGAGUACCUGUAG